AUGGACUCUUCGCUGAAGAACCCUCUGGCUACUGAUCUCAGUGAUGAAGCUAUUCGUAGGUCCAAGAAGAAAUACAAGAAACGCCGGUCGGAGGCUAGCCCGGACCGGGAUGUGGGUGAUGGGAGUGAUAAGGUUUCAUCUGAAACUGUUGUACCUAAUGGUAAUCCGGAUACUUUUCCAUCGAAAGGGGCUUCCUACAAGGAUAGAGUGACAAGCAAUUUUGAUGAUAAGGAUUCCUCAUGGGAAGAGUGGACGGAGGAUGAGGAAGGAGAUGAUAGUAUUAUGUUUGAUGAUGUUGUCUCUGAUGAUGAAGAUGGUGAGGUUCCUGAUUCCUUUGUUAGAUUUUCGGCUGAGGAGAAGCGAUUGCUUCGCAAGCCUUGGCGAAAGGCUUUGGUUGUAAAGCUGUUGGGAAAAAAUCUGGGUUUCAAAGUGCUUUCUUCCCGUGUCAAGUCCUUGUGGCAGAUUGAAGGCAAAUACAGGAUCUUGGACUUGGGUAAUGAUUAUUUCUUAUUUAAGUUUCAGAACCGAAAAGACUACAAGCAUGUGCUUGAUGGUGGCCCUUGGAUUAUUGGUGGCCAUUACCUCUCUGUAAGGCAGUGGACUCAUAAUUUCCAAUCGAGCUCUGAUGUUAUUCGCUCCAGUGUUGCUUGGAUUCGCCUUCCUGCGCUGCCUAUGGAGUACUAUCCAAGCAUGGCUUUAAGGAAAAUUGCGGCUACUGUUGGAAGAGUAAUUCGGAUUGAUAAGACUACGGAAACGGUAGAUCGUGGAAGUUAUGCAAGGGUGUGUGUUGAACUUGAUUUGUUAACUCCAUUAAAAUCUGUUGUUCAUAUUGGUGAUUUAGUCCAAAGAGUGGAGUAUGAAGGGUUGCAUAUGAUUUGCUUUGGUUGUGGCCAAUUUGGUCAUAGGAGGGACGUUUGUUCCAUGGUUUCAUCUAAGAAUUCAGUUGCUGCCGACUGUAAUGAGCCUUCUUCUUCUUCGGCUCCGGCUUCAUCACCUUCUUCAGAGACGAUUAAGGAUGGUUUUGGGCCGUGGAUGCUCGUCCAACGGCGAAGUCGCCGGCCGGUGAAGGAGACGUCGGAUAAAGGAAAGUCAAAGGUGGUUUUGAAUAAGGAGCUUGAUUCUCGGAAUCAAUUUCAAUCUCUAAAGGGUGUCAAGGCGGAUUCAAGGGAGAAAAACAAGGAGGUUACGAGGGAGAAAGCUAAGGCGGUAUCUGUGGAGGAUCUUUCUAAUUCCAAUGGGGUUAAUGGGUUUGGAAGGAAAAUCUGGAAACCGAAAAAGGAUAUGGGAAAGAAAAUGAGUUCGAUAGUCACGGGGAGUGAGGAUUUAAAGGCAAAGAAGAAAGGUUCUGCUUCUCAAUCUUUUAUUGGGAAUGACUCACCACAGCCUUACUCAGUCUUUGAGAAUGGUAAGAUUAAUGGCCCUCCUUUGGGCUUUUCUUUUAAGGCCGGCUCUUCCAAGCCUGUCAAUUUUGAUCCCAAACGAUUAGAGGAUCUUGUUGGGUCUAGUUCUUUUAAGCUAUUUAAUUCUAGUGUGGAGCCUGGUGGUAAUGGAGUUGAUGCAAGGCAGUCUCCUUCUUGUCUUGAGGAUUCUGCGAUGUUUGUAGAUGGCAAUCAUGUUGGGGUGGAGAUGUCCUUGUCGACGGAUGCAUCCUCUCUUCCUCCACAGCAGCCCCCUCAAUUGGGAUCGAAUUCAUUAGCUGAUGUUCCUGCGGUAUUAAAUCAUGCUGAUAAUAUGGGCGAUGGCUCUCUAGCUCGGGACAACGAUAAUUUGCAGAUGGUUUCAUCUAUGGAGGAGGCUAAGUUUAAGGAGCCUGAGCGGCUUGAUCGGGUGUUUUCUAAUUUUGAAUGGAGGUUGAGGUUCCCGGAAGCAAACGUUAUUCAUUUUCCACGCAUACACUCGGAUCAUUGUCCUCUUCUUUUACGCUGUGAUCAAUCGACACCAGUUAACCGCUUGAAGCGUCCGUUUCGCUUUCAUGCCAUGUGGUUAACUUAUGAGGGCUUUAAGGGUAUGGUUAGUUCCCUAUGGUGUUCUAGCACUGGAGAUUUUAUUAACAAGGGUGAAGUCUUAGCAGAUUGGCUUCAACAAUGGAAUAGAGACACCUUUGGCAAUGUUUUUGAGAAGAAAAAGAAAUUAAGAGCAAGGAUUAAUGGUCUUCAGCGUGCCUUGGCAGAGCAUCGUUCCCACCAGUUGGAAAAGUUGGAAUUUGAACUUGUUUGUGAGUAUAAUAAGAUUCUCGAACAAGAAGAAUCCUUAUGGGCUCAAAAGUCAAGGGUACAAUGGAUGCAGCAGGGAGAGAGGAACACCCGUUUUUUCCAUCUCUCUACUAUUUCUCGGUGGCGCAAGAAUAGGGUCUCUAUGUUGAAAACUGAUGCUGGGGAUUGGGUUAUGGAAGGUAAUGAUUUACGAGAACUUGUCCUUAAUUACUACAAGGGUUUGUAUGAUGUUGAUUCUGUUGAGAGGACUCCUUUAGCUCUGUUACAGCAUCCUGUAAUAACUAGCAAUAGUAUCCCUGCUCUUCUUAAAGAAAUUACUCCAGGAGAAGUUUUUAAUGCUUUGUUUCAAAUGAAGCCGUGGAAAGCACCUGAGGUUGAUGGGUUUCAAGCAGGUUUCUAUCAGGAAUGUUGGGCUUCGAUUGGACCUUCUUUAACUUCUCUUGUUCAAUCUGCUUUUGAGACAGGUGCUUUUAAUCCAAAUUUGAAUCAGACUUUACUUGUGCUUAUUCCGAAAAUUGUGAGACCUGAAUAUGUUAAACAAUUCCGGCUAAUAAGCCUUUGUACGGUUGCUUAUAAACUCAUUACAAAAGUCUUAGUAAACAGGUUGCGACCUUUGCUUGAUGAUCUUGUUGCUCCUUUUCAAGCCAGUUUUAUACCGAGGAGACAGGCUGCUGAUAAUAUUUUCAUAGCUCAAGAGGUUAUUCAUAUUGUUCGUAGGUCAAAAAGUAAGAAUGGUUUGAUGGCAAUUAAGAUUGAUUUGGAAAAGGCUUAUGAUAGAGUUAGUUGGGCUUUCUUGAGAGAGACUCUAGAGGUUUUUGGCUUCCCUCAGCGCUGGAUUUCUCUUAUCAUCUUUUGUGUGGAGGGUGCUUCAAUGUCAAUCUUGUGGAAUGGUGAGAAAACGGAUGAGUUUCUGCUGAGAAGAGAGCUUCAUAAGCUCAGGCCAGAGUUAUCCGUGGGGCAUAAGCGAAGAGUGUGUAUGACCAUUGGCAUUGGUGCUACGAAUGACAUAGGAAAGUACUUGGGUGUACCGUUGAUUCAUGGGAGAGUUGUUAAGGGUACUUUCAGGGAGUUGGUUGAUAAAGUUACAGCCCGGGUCUCUGGGUGGAAGGCUAAAACUCUAAGCUUGGCUGGUCGUGCAACUUUGAUUGGGCCAGUCUCUUCUUCUAUUCCCACUUAUUCCAUGUUAACUAAUAGAUUGCCGACAUGUAUCCUUGAUGCUUUGGAUAAGGUUAAUAGACGUUUCCUAUGGGGUGGAAGUGAGAAUAAGCGCCAUAUGCAUUUGGUCAGCUGGGAUACUGUUUGUAAACCGAAACGUUUAGGUGGGUUGGGUUUACGAAACAUGGAAAUACAUAAUAGGGUUUUGAUGCAAAAGACUGCCUGGAGAUUCCUAUCUAAUCCGGAUAGCCUUUGGGUUAAAUUUUUGAAAGCUAAGUAUUAUGUUACUGGUGAUGUUAUUGAUUUUGCCUUGCACCAGCAUGGUACCAAAGCAGUCUGGUCUCAUUCUUGGCGUGGUUUGCUUUCUGCGUUGCAAGAGUUAGCUACGGGUUUGGUUAAAAGAGUGGGGGAUGGUAGUUCUAUCAGGUUUUGGUAUGAUAGAUGGUUGGAUACGCCUAUUAUUGAAAGCUUCUCGAGCCCGCCUGAUUAUGCCCAGGAAGAAACAAAGGUAUGUGAUUUUAUUUUGGCUAAUGGUAGCUGGGAUUCAGAUAGUUUAUUUGCUCAAGUUCCGUAUGCUUGCCUCGUAUUCGGAACUUGUCUGAUGGCUAUAUUUGGAAGUCUUGUUCAAAUGGUUGUUUUUCUACGGCUUCUGCCUAUCUUAAAAUUCUACUGGACCGUGGACCGUUUAGUGACUAAUGCUUUUCGGGCCUCUCGAGGGCUUGCUCCAAGUGCCUCUUGCUCUUUGUGUGGACAUGUAAUGGAGGAUAGCCUGCAUGUACUUCGUGAUUGUCCUGAUGCAAGGGCUGUUUGGGAGCUUUUACGUCCAGCUUGUUGGAGAAUUUGGUGUAGGCGAUGUCGCUUUAUCUUCGAGGACGAGUUUCCGGUGGAUACUGCUGAGGGACUGGUUUAUAAUAUUAUGGUAACUGCUAAGGAAAUAUGUUCUGUGACUUUGAAAGCCACUAGGAAUUUGUUAUCAGAGAAAUUAAUUCACUGGACUCCCCCACCUGAGAUGGUUGUUAAGCUUAAUACGGAUGGUGCAUCCCGUGGCAAUCCUGGGAUUGCUGGUGCUGGUGGUUUGAUUCGUGAUUCUACAGGAAAAUGGUUUGUUGGUUUUGCAGCACAGUUAGGGAGCUACUUCAAUGGGAGUGGACUUGCUCUUGUCAACACAUAUUACGAGAGGGCAACUUCUGUGCAGAUUUACUUUCAAAGAUGGGUUGUGAGUUCGACCAAGAGUACGAGCUUUUUCGUUCGCCUACCUGAGCAAAUUUUACGGAUGUUGCAAGCGGAUGUGCGAGGGGUAGCAUACCCCAGGGGCUUCACCCUAAUUAAGGAAUACUCUCAAUCGGACAUUACGGACAAGUCCAUUGUUGGGAGUUUGAUGAGUGAGUUGACGACCAAGAAAUUUAACUGGUCUCAGCCCAUUCAUGAUCAUGUGACUGAAAUGGCAAAUCUUGCUGCAAAGCUGAAAGCAUUGGGAAUGGAGGUAAGUGAGUCUUUCCUUGUCCAGUUCAUUAUCAACUCACUUCCUCUAGAUUUUGGCCAGUUCCAAGUGAAUUAUAAUUCACUUAAGGAAAAAUGGAACUUUCAAGAAAUUAAGGCCAUGCUGGUUCAGGAGGAAGGGAGAUUGAAGAACAUGAAGGAACAGACUGUCCAUCUGACGAUGCAUGAAGGAGGUAGUAGCAGUAAGGCUAAACCAGAUGAUUACUCACGGUAUAGUUAUAUAUAUCUCCUGCAUGAAAAGUCUCAAUCAGUGGAUGUUCUAAAGGUGUUCAUUGAUGAGGUGGAAAGGCAGUUAGAUAGAAAGUAUACUAUGCCCGGUACACCACAACAAAAUGGUGUAGCUGAAAGGCGGAAUCGUACUCUUAUGGAAAUGGUUAGGAGUAUGUUGAGUUAUAGUAAUGUACCUUUGUCGUUGUGGAUGCAUGCGUUAAAGACUGCUGUAUAUCUGCUAAACAGGGUUCCUAGUAAGGCAGUUCCUAAGACACCUUAUGAACUAUGGACAGUUGAGUCUAGGAAUGCUAGGUUCAUUGAGAAUGGUCAGUUUAGUGGGAGUGGAGAACAAAGAAAAGUGGACAUUAAAGAAAUUCAGCGUGAAAUCCCUACGUCCAAUGAUUCUCAUCAAGCUGUUGUUCCUCUCGUUGUAUCACAGUUGCACAACGUACGAGAACAACGAAUUCAUGUUACAAACCCACAAGUAAAUGAACCACAAGAAGUGGCAUUAAGGAGGCCUGUAAGGCAAAGAAGACCAGCUAUUUCGCAGGAUUUUGAGGUUUACUCAAUUGAACAUGAAUGUGACUUGAGCAUUGAUGAUGACCCAGUCUCGUUCAAACAAGCCAUGGAAUGUAACAAUUCCGAAAAGUGGUUAAAUGCCAUGAAAGAAGAGUUGAAAUCAAUGGAUGACAACAAAGUCUGGGAAUUAAUUGAGUUGCCUGAAGGUUCAAAACAAGUUGGUUGUAAAUGGGUCUUCAAGACCAAAAGAGAUUCGAAAGGCAACAUAGAAAGAUAUAUGGCUAGACUUCUCGCCAAGGGUUACACUCAAAAGGAUGGCAUUGACUACGAAGAGACUUUCUCUCCAGUCUCAAAGAAAGACUCUUUAAGGAUUGUUAUGGUUUUGGUGGCUCAUUAUGAUUUGGAGCUUCACCAAAUGGACGUAAAGACCGCCUUUCUAAAUGGUGACUUGGAAGAAGAGGUGUAUAUGGACCAACCAGAAGGCUUUUCGACCACAGGAAAAGAAAAGUUGGUGUGUAAGUUAAAGAAGUCAAUAUAUGGACUGAAACAAGCUUCCAGACAAUUGUAUCUUAAGUUCAACGAUACCAUAAAGUCAUACGGUUUUGUAGAAAACACUGUUGAUCGGUGUAUCUAUAUGAAGGUCUGUGGGAAUAAGUUCAUUAUAUUAGUCCUAUAUGUUGAUGAUAUUCUUCUUGUUACUAAUGACGCUGGGUUGUUACAUGAUGUAAAGAAGUUUCUCUCUAACAAAUUUGAAAUGAAAGAUAUGGGUGAGGCAUCCUAUGUGAUUGGGAUAGAAAUAUUCCGUGAUAGAUCACAAGGACUGUUAGGAUUGUCUUAG